AUGUCCCAGCCCCAGCAUGACGACCCCUACCUGUACGACGACGAUGCAGGCAGCAUCACGCCCGAGGACUGCUGGACCGUCAUCCUGGCGUUUUUCCACGAGAAAGGGUUGGUGUCCCAACAGCUCGACUCCUUCGACGAGUUCAUCGAGUCGACCAUCCAGGAACUCGUGUGGGAGGACCUGCACUUGAUCUUGGACCAGCCGGCCCAGCACACCUCCGAGGACCAGUACGAGAACAAGCGGUUUGAGAUCACCUUUGGUAAGAUCUACAUCUCCAAGCCCACCCAGACAGAGGGCGAUGGUACCACGCACCCGAUGUUCCCGCAGGAGGCCCGCUUGAGAAACUUGACCUAUUCGUCGCCCUUGUAUGUAGAUAUGACCAAGAAGAAGUUUGUCUCCGAUGACCGUGUUCGGAAGGGCAACGAGUUGGAGUGGAUCGAGCAGCGUGUAGACGGCGAGGAUGCCCAGACAAAGGUGUUUUUGGGUAAAGUGCCCAUCAUGUUGCGCUCGAAAUUCUGUAUGUUGCGUGAUCUCGGCGAGCACGAGUUCUACGAGUUGAAGGAGUGUCCCUACGAUAUGGGUGGCUACUUUGUCAUCAACGGUUCCGAGAAGGUCCUUAUUGCGCAGGAACGUUCGGCCGCCAACAUCGUGCAAGUCUUCAAGAAGGCUGCGCCAUCGCCCAUCUCUCACGUGGCAGAGAUCCGUUCUGCGUUGGAGAAGGGCUCGCGGUUGAUCUCCUCGAUGCAGAUCAAACUUUACGGCCGUGACGAGAAGGGCUCCCUGGGAAGAACUUUGAAAGCCACUCUCCCGUACAUCAAAGAAGAUAUUCCGAUCGUCAUCGUGUUCAGAGCUCUCGGUGUAGUCCCCGAUGGUGAUAUUUUGGAGCACAUCUGUUACGACGCCAACGAUUGGCAAAUGCUUGAAAUGCUCAAGCCCUGUGUGGAAGAGGGUUUCGUGAUUCAGGACCGUGAAGUUGCCCUUGAUUUCAUCGGUAGAAGAGGUGUCUUGGGUAUCAGAAGAGAAAAACGUAUCCAAUACGCUAAGGAUAUCUUGCAGAAAGAAUUAUUGCCAAACAUCACACAAGAAGCCGGUUUCGAGUCGCGUAAAGCCUUCUUCUUGGGUUACAUGGUCAACAGAUUGUUGCUUUGUGCCUUAGAACGUAAAGAGCCCGAUGACAGAGAUCAUUUCGGAAAGAAGCGUUUGGACUUGGCUGGUCCCUUGUUGGCUUCCUUGUUCCGUAUUCUUUUCAAGAAAUUGACCCGUGACAUCUACAACUACAUGCAAAAGUGUGUGGAGAAUGACAAAGAGUUCAAUCUUACCCUUGCGGUCAAGUCUCAAACUAUCACUGAUGGUUUGAGAUAUUCCUUGGCUACCGGUAACUGGGGUGAACAACGUAAGGCAAUGAGUGCUCGUGCCGGUGUCUCCCAAGUGUUGAACAGAUACACUUACUCUUCUACUUUAUCUCACUUGCGUCGUACUAACACUCCUAUUGGUCGUGAUGGUAAGAUCGCCAAGCCUAGACAAUUACACAACACGCACUGGGGGCUUGUGUGUCCUGCCGAGACCCCAGAAGGUCAGGCGUGUGGUUUGGUGAAGAACUUAUCGCUCAUGACCUGUAUAUCCGUCGGUACCGCUUCCGAGCCUAUCCUAUAUUUCUUGGAGGAAUGGGGUAUGGAAUCAUUGGAAGACUACGUCCCAUCUAACUCCCCUGACUGCACAAGAGUCUUUGUUAACGGUGUGUGGGUUGGAACUCAUCGUGAACCUGCUCAAUUGGUUGACACAAUGCGCCGUUUGCGUAGAAAGGGUGACAUUUCUCCAGAGGUUUCCAUCAUCAGAGACAUCCGUGAGAAGGAAUUCAAGAUUUUCACUGACGCUGGCCGUGUGUACCGUCCAUUGUUUAUCGUCGACGACGAUCCCGAGUCGGAGACUAAGGGCGAUUUGAUGUUGCAGAAGGAGCAUGUUCACAAAUUGUUGAACUCCGAAUACGAUGAAUACAACGACGAUGACGAGAACGAGGGUCACUACAACUGGUCUUCUUUGGUUAACGACGGUGUUGUGGAAUACGUUGAUGCAGAGGAGGAGGAGACAAUUAUGAUCGCCAUGACACCAGAGGACUUGGAGGCUUCCAAGACUGUCAUGACUGAAUCUCAAAUCGCAGAAUUGCACGAAGAGGAGCUUGACCCAGCUAAAAGAAUUAAGCCAACAUUCUCUUCUGCUACACACACAUUCACUCAUUGUGAGAUCCAUCCAUCUAUGAUUCUUGGUGUGGCUGCUUCCAUCAUUCCUUUCCCAGAUCACAACCAGUCGCCACGUAACACUUAUCAAUCUGCUAUGGGUAAGCAAGCUAUGGGUGUGUUCUUGACAAACUAUGCUGUGAGAAUGGACACAAUGGCCAACAUUUUGUACUAUCCUCAAAAGCCAUUGGCCACCACUCGUGCGAUGGAACACUUGAAGUUCAGAGAAUUGCCGGCUGGUCAAAAUGCCGUUGUCGCUAUUUCCUGUUACUCGGGUUACAACCAAGAAGAUUCUAUGAUUAUGAAUCAAUCCUCCAUUGAUCGUGGUUUGUUCCGUUCUUUGUUCUUCCGUUCUUAUUCUGAUUUGGAGAAGAGACAAGGAAUGAAAGCUCUUGAAACUUUUGAAAAGCCAACACGUUCGGAUACCUUGCGUUUGAAGCAUGGUACUUACGAAAAGUUGGACGAAGACGGUUUGAUCGCACCUGGUGUCAGAGUAAGUGGAGAAGAUAUCAUUAUCGGUAAAACCACCCCAAUUCCACCAGACACCGAGGAAUUGGGACAACGUACUCAAUACCACACAAAGCGUGAUGCCUCGACGCCAUUGCGUAGUACAGAAUCUGGUAUUGUUGACCAAGUUCUUUUGACAACCAAUGGUGAUGGAGCCAAGUUCGUCAAGGUCAGAAUGAGAACUACCAAAGUGCCACAAAUCGGUGAUAAAUUCGCCUCUAGACACGGUCAAAAGGGUACUAUUGGUGUCACAUACCGUCAUGAGGACAUGCCUUUCAGUGCACAGGGUAUUGUUCCCGACUUAAUUAUUAACCCCCAUGCUAUUCCAUCGAGAAUGACGGUCGCGCAUUUGAUUGAGUGUUUGUUGUCGAAGGUCUCAUCUUUGUCUGGUUUGGAGGGUGAUGCCUCUCCUUUCACAGAUGUCACUGCUGAGGCUGUUUCCAAGUUGUUACGUGAGCACGGCUACCAAUCGCGUGGUUUUGAAGUUAUGUACAACGGUCAUACCGGUAAGAAGUUGAUGGCGCAAGUCUUCUUUGGUCCAACAUACUACCAGAGAUUGAGACACAUGGUCGAUGACAAGAUUCACGCCAGAGCUAGAGGUCCAGUGCAAGUGUUGACCAGACAACCAGUCGAGGGUAGAUCCAGAGAUGGUGGUUUGCGUUUCGGAGAGAUGGAGAGAGAUUGUAUGAUUGCGCACGGUGCAGCUGGAUUCUUGAAGGAGCGUUUGAUGGAGGCAUCGGAUGCCUUCAGAGUGCACGUGUGUGGUAUUUGUGGAUUGAUGUCGGUUAUCGCCAACUUGAAGAAGAACCAAUUCGAGUGUCGGUCGUGUAAGAACAAAACCAACAUCUACCAAAUUCACAUUCCGUAUGCUGCCAAGUUGUUGUUCCAGGAGUUGAUGGCCAUGAACAUUUCGCCACGUUUGUACACCGAGCGUUCUGGAAUCAGCGUUCGUGUCUAG